CCCAAUGUGGGUGGAUUGAUGGUGCUGGUGUAACAUCAGAGGGCUGUGGGACUCCAACUCGCCUGAAUAUUGAAGAUGACCACAGCAGCAAGGCCUACAUUUGAACCUGCAAGAGGUGGAAGAGGGAAAGGGGAAGGUGAUUUAAGUCAGCUUUCAAAACAAUACUCAAGCAGAGAUCUACCUUCUCAUACAAAGAUAAAAUACAGACAAACCACUCAGGAUGCUCCAGAAGAGGUUUGCAACCGUGAUUUCAGGCGAGAACUAGAAGAGAGAGAGAGAGCUGCUGCAAGAGAAAAAAACAGAGAUCGUCCAAUUAGAGAGCACACAACUUCAUCUUCUGUGUCUAAGAAACCUCGGUUAGAUCAUAUUCCUGCAGCCUACCUUGAUGCAGAUGAUCCCCUAACAGAUGAAGAUGACAAAAAUGAGGAUUUUGAGGAAGAAAGUGAUGAUGAUGACACUGCAGCUCUACUGGCAGAACUAGAAAAAAUAAAAAAAGAAAGAGCUGAAGAACAAGCUCGGAAGGAACAAGAAGAAAAGGCUGAAGAAGAGAGAAUUCGGAUGGAAAAUAUCCUUAGUGGAAACCCUCUCCUAAAUCUCACUGGUCCCUCUCAGCCUCAGGCCAACUUCAAAGUAAAGAGAAGGUGGGAUGAUGAUGUUGUCUUUAAGAACUGUGCCAAAGGAGUAGUUGAGCUGAAAAGAGACAGAAGAUUUGUAAAUGAUACCCUUCGAUCAGAAUUUCACAAAAAGUUCAUGGAGAAAUAUAUCAAAUAGUA